AUGGCCUCAGAAACUCCUCCUACCCUCGACACAAGUUGCCCAGAUGAGGCUGUAGAACCUCUAGAAUCUGAAGAACCGGAAACCACUUCGACGACUGAAAUUGUGACUGCUAGUAGUAGUACAGCUAUCUCUUCAGCUUCGAGUCCUGAAUCAUCAGAUACAGAGGCAAAGAAAGAAGAAGGAUCACAAACUUCAACCGAAGGAUCAAAUAAUGAAAACGCUCUACAUUCCGAUGAACCGAAGAAUAACUAUAUCAGUGAGUCAAAAUCACUGCAUCCUUCAAAGUUCAAUGAGCUUAUCAAACUCUUCAAUUUGAAUCCAGUUAGUUUGAAUCCCGAGAUAACAGAAGAAGAGUUGAAUGAGUACGAAAGGCAACUGAAGAAAAAAGGUGGUAGCAUUCGAUAUAAAUAUGAUUCUUUUCUGCUUAAGGGAUUUUCUGUCUCAAUUCGGGAUGGUGCUAUCCAAACUCUAUCAGAAGACCCUCGCAUACAAUUCAUAGGAAUAGAUCUCAGGCUGCCUCAGGAAAGUGAACCCUUGGACAAUGCUCCAUCUAUUGGCAAUGGCAAGGUGAACCAAAAGGCUGUUUGGACAGUUCUUCAAUGGCAAUCAAAAUCAGCAUUGGGGAAGAAAUCUGGGUUGUCUGAAGGUACCAAAGCUUACUUUGAGGAAUUGAAAGGAUUUACUGGAUAA